AUGACAACAGGCACAAGUGCCUACAUCCAUUUCCGGAACAUUAAAAAAAGGGGUCUCGUUGCUCGAGAUCAAACCUGCUCUACUUUGCGCCGGGGACUCGUCCAGUCGAGCUUGCAACAAUUUUCAAGACGAAACAUACACACAAUCUGCUCAGCUACAAUGCCAGUUCGAUCCAUUCGCAAGCUACGGUCAUUACAUGCUGUCACCGGUGGCAAUCAGUCUGCACCCAAAGGACACCGGGCAAUAACAGAUGCUCACUAUUCCAAAAACCAUCUAUCACUGCCUGACUCGGUUGGCAACAAACUCAUUUCUAACGAAAACUUGCAAAUAGAUGACCUUCCCCAUAAUCGACAGCAACAUGAGCAUUCUUGGUCUAAAAUUAGAUGCAUAACCGGCAGCAAACACAGUAAAUUAAAGAAAGAGCCUCAGGCUGACAGUGUAUGUGAAGAAGCUCACUGCGGAUUGGAAAAAAGGGUUCUAGCACAGCUAUCUGGAGAUCUACCAAGAUCAGCUAAAAGCAAGGGAGAUGAGCUUCGUGAAGCCCCCAGAGAGCAUGGCAGUCGCAUGAGCCUCCCAUGGUUUAAUCCCUUACACCACCAGUCAAAAGAUCUCCAGAAAUCUCAACAUGGCCUAAUGAGCCAGCCGCAACAAUCUAUCUCGGCUCAGAUGGCCACUAUACACCUACCUAUUCAACAUAAUUUAUUGUCUACCGUCAACGAAGAUGCAAGAAAUGUGCUUGUAUAUGCCAAUCGAGACAUGCUUUGGGAGGAAGGCUCUGGGAGGAGAGAAGAUCAGUCACUUCCCCGACGUAACCGCCUUGAUAAUCCCAACUAUGUAGCGAAAAGAACGGAGAUGCUGCUGCGGCUCCAGCACAGAGCUGACACCCGUGGCCAUCCAGGUUUCCGAGCUAUGAGAAAAAAAAAUCUCGGAUUACCUGUUAGACGUUUCACGGAGCAAAUUUUGGGUGUCAUUAACAGCAAUAGCUACAGCAUUAUUGAUGGAGGUUCUCGCUCCGGAAAGACCACGCAGGUUCCUCAAAUUAUCUUGGACCACGCAGUCAAUAAUUCUACUGGGGUAUCUUGUAGAAUUCUCUGUGUUCAGCUUCAGGAAAAGAGGGCAGUGUCAAUAUCACGAAGAGUGGCCAGCGAAAGAUUCGAAAAGUUGGGUGAUACCACAAAUUUUUACAGUGUGCGUGGGCCGCAUGAUGACCUGCCUCCUCUUCCUGGGGGAAAUAUCACGUAUUGCUCCAGGAAUAGUUUGCUGAGCUUGUUGAAAAAUGGACCCUCUAGCUUGGAGAAUUUCUCCCAUGUCAUACUCGAUGAUGUUCAGUUACGUGGUUUCGAUAUUGAUGUGGGCAUGAUGCUUUUGAAACGAUUUGUUGAACAGCGCAAGUCUAUCGGUGCCUCUGCGCCGAAGAUCAUUUUGAUGGGCUCAAUUAUUGAUAUCGAUGGUUUGUGUUCCUAUUUUGGAACUAAAACUACAGAUGAUAUGCUUUUGCCUGCUCCUCAUGUGACUAUUCCUGGAAACUCCCCCGUGAAGAAGAAUUACCUUGAAGAAGUAAUUGGCAAAAUUUCCCAUUCUUUGACACCGGAUAUCCUGUCGCCUCUCCUUUAUGGCGACAAUGAUACAAAAGAGUUCCUGAAUAGCCAUUUCAAGUUGUUUGAUGAAUCUGACUCAAUAGAGAAACCGAAGGCACCAACCGCAAAAAUCAACAGGCUUGGGAAAGAGCCCGUACCUUGCGGGUUGGUUUCUGCGACUGUUCUCUCGCUCUUCUCUACAACAAAAACAGGAUCCAUACUUGUCAUUGUCCCAGGUAUUACGCACAUUCAGAGUGUCGUAAAGCAGAUCAUAGCCUUCGGCCGAAAUCUGGGAUUGGACUUUACAAAUAAGGAUCGGUUCAGAAUCAUUAAGUUGCAUGCAAAGACGUCAAAUUUUGAAGAUGUCAUGCUUGACCAUGGAAUUCCUCGGGGUUGCCGAAGACUCAUCAUUUCAACGCCAGGGGGAAAUUUCAAGUUUCAAGACGUGAGCUACGUCGUUGACUCUGGCAAGUCAAAUCACGAGAAUCACGAGGAACGCACCCAUUUGGUGCAAAAUUUGAGAUUGUGGGGUGUCGACUGGAUUAGUCAAACUGUCGCGGCAGAGCAUGCAGAGUGUGCAGGCAGCCUCCAGGCUAGAGAGUACUACUUCCUUGGUGCCAAAAAAUGUUUUGAUUCCCUUCCAAUUACCAGCCCUCUAUCGACUAGAGCUGCUCGCUCAGAUCUUCAACAAGCCUGUUUGCAUGUUAAGCGAGCGACCUCUGGAACGUCCCUCUCAAUCGCAAAACUUCUCGCGCAGACCUAUGAGCCACCUCAAGAGUCUAGUGUCUGUGCUGCAGUGGAUGGCCUGAAGGAAUUGCAAGCAUUGGACGAACAGGAAGAACUCACCACUCUUGGCCGCGUUCUCGUCAAUUUGAACAUGGAUCCAUAUUUUGGCAAAAUGGUUACUCUGGGCGUUGUUUUCCAAUGUUUAGAUCCAAUGCUGAUCCUCGCGAGUCUCGGAUGGGAUCCCAGACUUGCUUUAAGAAGCCCGUCUCCGCCUGAUCAAAGCUAUGCAGGCGUCGGGGUUUCACCCAGUCUUUCGGUCGCCCGGUUGGGCUAUCAUAUAUCCAUCGUCAAUACCUUCGGGGCCAUUCGAGACAUGUUGCAUAAGAAGGGCAAACUUCCGGCUUUUAAGAACGAAUUCUGCAAAGACUAUAUGUCCAGGGUAUAUCAUACAGCGAUCCCCGAAAUUGAGCGAAUUAUCGGGAAAAUGAGCGCAGCCCGAAUCAUACCUCAAGAAAGUUUCCGCCGUGAUGAGGUUUCUGGAUUUAGUAGCAGCAACCUGAAUGCCAAUUCCAAUAAUGAGGAUCUUAUCAAAGCAGUCUUGCUGCAAUGUCUUUCCUCCAAACUGGCCGUCAAAUCCACUGGUGAUCGUGCCUUCAAAUUCAAGUCUGGAGAGAUUGCCCAAGGUGUUCAAAACAGAAGCUCUAUCAUGGCCUGCAACUUCGGGUCGGUCAGCGAAAGCAUGCCUUACGGUAUGAAACAAUGUUCCAAUCUCAAUCCACUGGCUGCCUGCCUCGUGGGAAACAAGAUAGAACAGGAGGGGGAUGACAUUGUUAUGGAUUCAUGGGUGAAAAUCGAACUGCAAACUACGGAAAACACAGAAAAUGAAGUUGCCAGAAACUUGGUUCAAACGCACAGAGUCUUGGGUGAAGCCCUUCGCACUGCUUUCAAGGUACUACCUGCUGAGAGAAUCGAAAUUUUCGGCUCUCUAAAGGAACAGAGCUCAUAUUUCAAGGCUCGCAAGCGUCUCUUCAAAACAAUUCAGCAAACAUUGCAAAAUAUUCUCCACGCAAACAAUCAGCUGCCUCCCACUGGCUCGGAUCAUUAG